AUGUACCGCUGCGUACGUGUUUCGUACCCGGAUGAUUUUUGGCGAGAAAAUUCAUCGGAUGAGUUGAGUGUUUACAAACUAAACACGGUGACCUAUGGAACAAAGCCAGCUGCUUUCUUGGCUAUAAGAGCCAUGCAUCAGCUCUCUUAUGAUGAAGAGGAAUCGUUUCCAAUUGGAGCAGAGAUUGUUCGUAGAGAUUUCUAUGUCGAUGAUUUAAUUUCUGGGGGCGAAACGACUGAAGAGGUGAGAGAAAUUCGUCGUCAGGUAAAGAAUCUAUUGUCGCGAGGACAUUUUCCAAUCCGCAAAUGGUGUUUGAAUGAGUUAACUGCCCUCAAAGGAGAGUCAGACGGCGAUAAAGAGCAGCUUAUUAAAUUUCACGAUGGAUCAGAUAUCGCCAAGGCAUUGGGACUCGCAUGGGAUCCUUCUUCUGAUCAGUUCCUGUUCAAUUUUUCUCAGAUAUCGUCAGGUCAUAGAGUCACCAAACGGAUCGCGUUGUCAACUAUAGCCAAAUUUUAUGAUCCUCUCGGGUUAAUAACGCCAAUUGUUACCAAAUCUAAAAUCUUCUUGCAAUCUCUAUGGAAGUCUAAUGUGGAUUGGGAUGACGCAUUGCCAGAGCCCAUUCUUUCGUCAUGGGGGGAGUUGACCUCUCAGUUGUCGAUCGUCCAGAACUUAAAAUUUCCACGAUUCGUAACGCGUCUGCAAGCGACCAUCCAGUUGCAUGGAUUCUGUGAUGCUAGCACAUCAGCUUAUGGAGCUUACCUAUAUUUGCGGUCGGAGGACAAUGAAAGCACAAGAGCUUAUCUACUCUGCGCCAAGUCGAGAGUAGCCCCGUUGAAGGCCUUAACAGUUCCAAGAUUGGAACUUUCAGCAGCACUUUUAUUGGCAGAGCUUAUCUUAAGCGUCAAGGAAACCAUAGAUCUCGAUUGCGCCUUUCAUUGCUGGUCUGACUCGACUAUCGUGUUGGCGUGGAUUAGGCAGCCUCCUAGGGAGUUCAACGAGUUUGUGUCCAACCGAAUCGCAAAAAUUGAUGUUCCGACCAACCUCAAUCCGGCGGAUGUCGUGUCGCGAGGAUGUACAACUAAAGAAUUGCUGGAGCAUUCUCUUUGGGCGAAUGGACCUCCAUUUCUUUUGCAGAACUCAUCAGAAUGGCCUUCCCUGCUUGAUGUAGCAAAGGAUCUUCCAGAGCGUCGUUCCGCGACUCUAAUUGGAACCGUGUCCAAGCCUUUACCUUCAAAUAGCCAUCUUUCCGUUGAGGAGAUCAACUCGGGGACCGUACUUCUUCUAAGGAGCAUCCAGCAGAUUCAUUUAGCCAAGGAGUAUGGAUUUCUUAGCCAGAGCAAGCCGUGUCCACAGAAGAGCAAGCUGAGUUCGCUGAGGCCAAUUCUUGGCACCGAUAGAUUACUUCGCGUUGGUGGAAGACUGCAAAACGCAAACUUGGACUAUGAUACGAAACAUCCGAUAUUGCUUCCCAAGGACCAACCAGUCACCAAAGCAAUUAUCGUGUAUUUCCAUAAAAAAUACAUGCACGCAGGAUCGCAGGCGUUGCUGGCCACAUUACGACAAAGGUAUUGGCCGAUUGGAGGUCGGAAGUUCGUGGCUAGCGUCAUCAAUAAAUGCGUCAGAUGCUUUCGGAUGAGGCCUGUGACUUGGGAGCACGUCAUGGGAGUCGACUAUUGUGGGCCAUUCUAUCAUAAAGCAGAGUCCCGGAACAAGGCACCGCACAAGUGCUACAUCGCCGUCUUUGUCUGCUUUUCCACGAAGGCCGCUCACUUGGAAGUCGUCCAGGACCUCACAACAGAUUCCUUCAUAGCAGCUCUGAGAAGGUUCAUCAGCCUUAGAGGCAGUCCGCGGACUAUCUGGAGUGAUAAUGCGACUAACUUUGUCGGCGCCAAGAGCGAGUUAGGCGAGCUGAAGGAAAUUAUUUUUGAGCGAGCAACAUAUAGCUUCGAUAGCUUCUUCGUGCCUAGCGGACGGGAUAGAUUGGAACCGGACGGCGAGGACGGCAAGGACGGCGUCGUCAGAGUAGUCAUGGUCCGUACAGCUACGGGCAUCAUCAAGAGAGCCGUCGCUAAACUGGCCGUUCUGCCCGUCGAUUCCCAUCAAGUUGGAACCGUACCUCUUCCAACGGGAGGAGUAUGUUCGGAGCAGACCGCCGGCACCUAA